AUGGAGGACCAAAAUAGUUCUCAUGUCCAGCUGACUGAUCUACCCAAAUAUCACUGGAACCAUAAGAGAUCACACUGGUCGGAGACGCGACUAUCGAAGGCGUCUCGUCGUUGGGCUGGGGGACACGUUAACCUGUUUGGUGCGCCUUACAACGAUGUGGUCUCGGGUGAUGCUUCAUGGCGGCAGUUCUUGAGAACGUUUGACCUUCCGUGGAUCAGAGAUCACAACAUUCAAUCCAACAUCUUGUACCCAGCCGCGGGCAUGGUCUGUAUGGCCAUCGAAGCUGCUCGACAAACUGCAGACCCUAAUGCCGUUGUCGAUUUUAUUGAGCUAAGAGAUGUCCGUCUUGAACGGCCAAUGGUGAUAACGGACGACGACCAGGGCCUGGAAACAAAAUUAGAACUUCUGUGUUCCAAGACCAACAGUCUCGCCCAAGACUGGAUGGAAUUCAGGAUUUCGAGCUCGAGUGAUUCCGACGUCUUGGAGCAUAAUUGCAGCGGGUUUGUGGUAAAUUGCUACAAGCCCAUCUCUCCAAGUGAGUUCGUUGCCCGCGAGAGGAUAUAUAACAUGAAGCGUUUCCAGGAGGAGCUUGAAGUCACGGAAAAGGCGUGCACUAAAUUUAUUGGGCGCCGAGACUUUUAUGCCAGGACGAAAGCGUUUGGCUUGCAGUAUGGUCCGGCAUUCCAAAACCUUGCAGAAGUCCGCCACGACGAAGUAUCCGCCUGUGGCACCGUUGUCAUCUACGACACCAAAGCCACAACCCCGUCACAAUACGAAGAUGCUCAUCUGCUGCAUCCCUCGACGCUAGGUUGCAUGAUUCAGUUGACCUUUGCAGCAGUUGGGGGCGCUUCUGGUGAGGACGAGGAGAGCGGCGCCGUCCCCAUCUAUAUACAGAACCUCAAAAUUGCCGGCCAUGGUGCCAGAGAGCCCGGCCUUGGCCUGCGAGGAUAUGCAAAAGCGGCCGUGUCUGAGAUGACAGAGUACUCUGCCACCGGCUUAAACAAACAGAUCCAUAUUCCCGUCAGCAGUUCCUACCAUGUCGCCGUAUCCAGAAAGAGUAAGCCACAUGCUUCUCUCGCGGAUCAAACUCCAUUAGUGCUACUUUUACCCGAUAGCCCUUCCUUUGAGUGCAUGGCGCUUGCCAACGAGCUAACCCAGCAAGUCGAGCGUCAAGGCUUGACUGUCAGCAAACUCCAGCUCGGAUCAGGUAAUGUAGACAAGGAUCCGGCUUCUGUGUCUCGCUCUGGGCAUUGGAGUCUCACCUGGAGCUGGAAGAAGGCCCAGCGGACUUUGAAUCUUUCAGGAAGCUGCUGUUGA